AAUUUUAGAAACGGAAUCCAGGAGAACCAAAUCAACAGAACUCACAGAAACAUCGCAAUGAAUCUGAUCUUUUCUCUGACUCUCCUCUGGGCACUUGUCAGCACAGCUGGAGCACUGCAGUGUAUUACCUGCACAGAUCAGGCGUGUUCAUCCACAGCACCASUGACUUGUAGCUCAGAGACGAUGUGUAUAACAGCUUCUAUUCAAGCCACUUCAUCUGGAACUACAGGAACACAAAUCUACAAAGCCUGCGCCUCAUCAGCUCUGUGUCCGAGCACAGGCAGUCAGACUUUUUCAGUCAACUUGGGUGUGUCAGGUGCAUUGGCCUCUGCUCAGUGCUGCAACACCGACARCUGCAACUCACAAACACUACCUUUUCCCAGCACUCAGSCAGCUAACAGCCUGCAGUGUAAUUAUUGUAACCCUACCACCUCUCAGUGCACGUCUUCAGUACAAUGUUCAGGGAGUGAGACCACCUGCAUCUCAGCAAUUGUGACGAGUGGAUCCAGAACAUCUCCAGUGCUCGGCUGUUCCACUAACUACCACCACUACCACCACAACCACCACAACCACCACAACCACUGCAGCUCCAACCUCUAUGACCACAACGUCAACCACCACAAUGUCAACCACCACAACCACCGCAGCUCCAACCACCACGACAACCACAACCCCAACCACUACAACCACCACACCAACCACCACAACUACAACCACCACGCCAACCACCACAACUACAACCACCACGCCAACCACCACGACCACCACACCAACCACCACGCCAACCACCACAACUACAACCACCACGCCAACCACCACGACCACCACCACGACCACAACUCCGUCCACCAUGCCAACAACUGCAGCACAAACCACCACAACCACAACUCCAACCACGACAACACCAAACCCAACAACCACAACCCCAACUACCACAACCACCAUGCCAACCACCACCACCACAACUCCAAAAACCACAACCACCGCAACAACUGCAGUGCUAACUACUACACCUACAACUACAACCACCACCACUGCAACACCGACCAUGACAACAACUCCAACCACCACAACUACCAUGCCAACAACUACAGCACAAACCACCAUAACCACAACUCCAACCACGACAACACUAAUCACAACAACCACAACUCCAACUACCACAACCACCAGUCCAACCACCAUGCAAACCACCACAACUCCAACAAUGAACACCAUCAUGCCAACCACCUCAACAACUGCUUUGCCAACUACUACAACCACAACUCCAACCACCACCACCGCAAUGUCAACCAUGACCACAACUCCAACCACCAUGCCAACAACUGCAGCACAAACCACCACAAUCACAACCCCAACCACGACCACUACAACACCAAUCACAACAACGACAACUCCAACUACCUCAACCACCACACCAAUAACCACAACUCUGACCACUACCACAACUCCACCUACCACAACCACCAUGCCAACAACCACAACCAAAACUCCAACAACCACUACCACCACAACUGCAGCACCAACAUCUACAACUUCAAUUCCAACCACUACAACCACAACUCCAACCACCACAACUGCAACAACAAGAACGACUGCAACUCCAAUCACCACAACCACAACCAUCAUGCCAACAACUGCAGCAGAAACCACAACAACCACUACUCCAACUACCAAAACCACCAUGCAAACAACAACAACUCCAACUAUCACGACAACCAGUCCACCCACCAUGCCAACCACUACAACUCCAACAACAACCAAUGGAACACCAUCCACGACCACAACUCCAACCACCACAAUCACAGCUCCAACCACGACAAUACCAAUCAUAACAACCACAACUGCAAUGACCACAACCACCACACCAAUAACCACAACUACGGCCACUGCCACAACUCCAACAACCAUGACCACAGGUCCAACUACUACAACUCCAACAACCACAACCGCCAUGCCAACCACCACAACAAAUGCAGUGCCAACCACUACAAUGACAACUCCAAACACCACCACUGCAACACCAGCCACGACCACAACUCCAGGAACCACAACCACCAUGCCAACAACUGCAGCACAAACCACCACAACCACAACUCCAACCACGACAACACCAAUCACAACAACCACAACCCCAACUACCACAACCACCAUGCCAACAACUAUGACUCCAACAACCACGACCACCACAACAACUGCAGUGCCAACUACUACACCUACAACUACAACCACCACCACUGAAACACCAACCACGACAACAACUCCAACAACCACAACUACCAUGCCAAUAACUACAGCACAAACGACCAUGACCACAACUCCAA